CGGCGGGCGGGCAUGGAGCUGGGCGCGGUGCUGGCGGCCGUGGCGGGGCGCGGCGGCGCCGAGGCCGUCGAGCAGGUCCUGAGCCGGUACAACGAGGAGAAUAGGGCCGUUUUCAGAUUUGAUCCAGCAGAUGAAGAGAAAAGAAAGAGACUAUGUGAGGAAAUUUUAAGCAUCCUUGAAAAAGACACAAAAACUUCAUGUCAAGUUGCCUGCCUGGAGGCCCUGCGGAUUCUUUCCAGGGACAAGAAGGUUUUAGCGCCUGUAACCACAAAGAAGAACAUGCAGAUCCUUAUAAGGCUAGCAAAGCUGGACACGAUGGAAGAUUCUUUGGAAAGGGUGUCUGAAUAUCCUGUUAUAGUAGAAGCUUUAAAAUGCCUUUGUAAUAUAAUUUUUAAUAGUGCCAUUGCACAGAAGCUCAGUUUGGAACUGAAUCUUGCAGCUAUGCUCUGCAAUCUUCUGAAAAAAUGCAAGGACCAACAGUUUGUUGAUGACAUUAAAUGCUUUGAUUUGCGUCUUCUCUUCCUGUUGUCACUUCUGCACACAGAUAUUAGAUCACAGUUGCGUCAGGAACUGCACGGGGUGCAAGUCUUGAUUCAGGCUUUGGAAAGCUCCCUGAGUGUAAGAUGGACAGAAGAAUAUAAAGCAGCUGAAGACCAUGACAGACCUCCUUUAUCUUUGCAGGAGACAGAUUGUGCCAUUGAGGCACUAAAGGCUCUUUUUAAUGUAACACUUGACAGUUGGAAUGUCCACAGCGAGAAUGAAUCUCAUCAAUUUCGUUACAUGGCUGCCAUCCUCCGCCACUGCUUAUUAACCAACGGCCCUACUGAAGACAAAACUGAAGAAUUACACAGCAAUGCAAUCAACCUUUUAAGCAAUGUUCCAGUUUCUUGCUUGGAUGUUCUUAUUAGUCCAUCAUGUCAAGAAGAAACAGAUAUAAAAUACAAUGGUAUGAAUAUGAGAGCAAUUCAAAUUUUACUGGAUUUUAUGGAAAAGAGAAUAGACAAGGGAAGCAGCUACAGAGAAGGUUUGACUCCAGUUCUCAGUUUAUUAACUGGGUGUUGCCGAACUCACAGGAAUAUCAGGAAGUUUAUCAAAGCUCAGGUGUUGCCUCCACUAAGAGAUGUAUCAAAUCGCCCGGAAGUUGGCACAACAGUGAGGAACAAGCUUGUUCGCCUUAUGACACAUGUUGACCUUGGAGUAAAGCAAAUUGCAGCAGAAUUUCUUUUUGUUCUUUGUAAAGAGAGAGUCGACACCUUGUUAAAAUAUACAGGCUAUGGUAAUGCGGCAGGAUUGCUGGCAGCAAGGGGCCUGUUAGCAGGAGGAAGAGGAGAUCAUUGGUACUCAGAUGAUGAAGACACAGAUACUGAAGAAUACAAAUCUGCAAAGCCCAACAUUAACCUUAUCACUGGUCACUUAGAAGAACCGAUGCCCAAUCCUAUGGAUGAAAUGACAGAAGAACAAAAAGAAUAUGAAGCUAUGAAACUUGUCAACAUGUUUGAUAAACUUUCCAGAGAUGAGUUUAUAAAACCAAUGGGAGUGCGACCGGACGGUACAAUGACUCCUUUGGAAGAAACAGUCAGCCGGUACCAUACCAACAAGCAAGACAGUUCAGAUUCAGACUAAAGCAUCACCUGCUUCACUCCCAGUUCUCCUUUAAUCCAGAUCUUUCCUUAGAACUAUGACAUCCUUUAUCCGAACAUUUUACCCUUGCAUUAGCCAGCAUCACUUUAACAGCAUCACUUUACUGGGAUAUUUAAAGGAUGGAUCAUGUGUUGUAAUGUCUGCAUUUUUAUUAUGUCUGUUUAAAGAACACGAGUUUAUUAGUUUAUGAUCAAUUGAUUAAUUUAAAACUAAAUGUAUUUCAAAUGGAUAGAAAGUGGAAACCUACAAUGUAAAAUAAAAUGUAAACAUUUAAAUUUUCCAGAAUCCUGUUUUAUGAACUGUGUAGGCUUUCCCUAUAUUGUUUUUUUUUAUGUCCUGCUAGUUUUCUCUAUGUUUCGAAGUAAUGCAAUUAAGCCAACUUCCUUCUUUAGGAGUAGAGGAUAUUUAAACCUAAACAUCUGACUGACCCUGGGAAGCUGCUUUAAAAGGCAUUUGGUGGUCUCACAACUAUAACUUUUAAAUGUCUUUGGAUUUCUUCCUAUUAGUCACUUCUGUGGUUAAGCUGCCUCUCUCGGGAUUUUACCACUGUGUCAGUUACUGGUUGCUGCUAAAACUACCUUUGAAACAGGAGUAAGAUGAUGUGUGUUGUGGGUUCCCCCUUUCCCAUGUUAAGACCACACAAAUAUAGUCCCUCUUAUACCUUUGGUUAAGUAAAAACUUCCCUAUUCAAAACAGUAUUCAAGUAUAUACACUUAAAUGUUGCUAUGAAUACAAGUGGACUGAAAGGAAAUGCAUGUGCAAGUGUUUUACUGAAGUGGGGCCUACUUUGGGGGAUUGAUGGAUGUGCCUCACUUGAAGAGAAGUAAAACCAAUCAACAAAGAAAUUGUUUCUUUUAGGGUGAACUUCCGGAGUGAUGGGAUAGAGGAAGGUGGAAGUCACUUUCAGUCUCUAGAGCUCUGUACUAUUUAAAAACAUAGAUUAAAGUUUUAGGCGUGCUGCACUGUU